UCUGGAUAUUGUGGAAAUAUACAUAUAGAAUAGAUUUAUAGAAAUAUAGAUUUCUGAGUAAUAAAUUCAUUUGCAACAGAUUUCUGUCUUAUUACUAAGAGAAACCAUGUGUCUAAUGCUAUUAUCUCCAUUCUCUCUCUUCCAGAGAUGCCAUUUACAUUAGGAAACUAAGAAAAUACGUUGCUGAGUUCAUGAUGGAAGGUGUUACACUUCAAAAAAGCGAUUUAGUGACACAAACCAUAGAGUCGGUGAUGAACUCUUCAUUUUUUCUUCCUAACUAUGAUAUUGCACCUGUUUCUGUGCUCUGUGCAUUCAUCGGUCUCAGCACAAUUGUGCUGUUAGUGGCGCUACCACUCAAUGUAUAUGUUUUGAGACUGAUUUUGAUAGGCACAAGCAACGGAGUAGCAUCAGAAUUUUUUUCUCUUAACCUCUGUGUGUGUGAGAUCAUAAUUUGCCUGAGUUCGGUGCCAAGUGUCUUCAAUGUUAUAUGCUAUAGAAAUGAUGCGCAAAGUCCUUUGUAUCUUUUUCUUCUGUUACUGUCCAUACUGCAUAGUAUCAGCCGUCCAUGUUUCCAGUGCUGUGUCUGUGUGGAGAGAUAUGUGGCAGUGAUCCAUCCUGUUAUCUUCUUGAGAUACAAGCCACUAACAUAUCGCAUAACAUGGUCAACUGUUACCUGGAUAAUUGUUCUAGGUUUCAGUGUGCUUUCUUUAUUUGUACCAUACAGAUGUGUAUUUUAUUAUAUUCUACUACCAGAGUACUUACUUGUAUUUUCUAUUAAGAUUCUUUGCUCUGUAGCAGUGCUUAAGGCUUUAAGGAAACCUGGUCCUGGUGAGAAAUUACAUGUUAAAGAUGUAGAGUCGAACCGCAUGAAAAAGAAGGCUUUUUGCCUGAUUGUGAUUAGUCUGUUUUUCAUGGUUAUUACUUACUGUCCGAUAUUGGUGUUUAUAUUUGUGUAUGAUUCUCUAUUAGAAACACAGAGAUGGAUAGGUCUGACACUGUAUUACUACCUUAUGAUAGUUGCUGGGUUUGUACAUCCAUUUCUCUAUCUUCAUAGGGUUGGGAAACUUCCUUUCAUUCCAGACUUGAUGAUUCUGUUAAAAUUACAGUGAAUACCACCAGCACUACAAUUUGUUUUCUUACAGAAUAUUUAAAUAAAAAAAAAGGUAAUGAUUCUUAUUUUUAGGUAAGCAGUAAUAUGUUACAAAAAAUUUCUGUGUAACAGUGAUUCUAUAAUAAUAAUAAAUACGGAUUGUUACAUUUAAAAAA